AAAUGUCUGGUAUGUGACUGAUACCACCGACUACCGAGUAUUGUUGCAUCUAUAUUUUCAUGGUUGAUACAAAAUGUUAGUGCAAAUUUUGUUUAUCCCACUAACACCGACCAUGUUUUUUUGAGUUAGGAAAAUCAACUUCUAACUUCUUUCAUCUCUUUCUAAUUUCUUUCAACUCCUUCCAGGCCAGGGCGAGUAAGUUUUUUAUGUGUAGCUCAUAGUGUUUUUCUUCAGUUCUAAAGCCUGAAAUGAGGUGGAAGUAUACAGUCGUGCAUGUGUGUUGUUUGUGAAAAUGUAUGUGUUUUUGAAAUGAGUUGUACUGUUUUAAUUAAUUUUGUACUUAAGCAUCUUGGGAGUGUAGUGGUUGCCGUAAGUAUUAAAGACUUGUAAGUAAGUGAAGAAAUUAGGUAUUGACUGAAGUUUAAAGACUUCAUAGCGGUGGAUUUAAAGACUUUAUGGAAUGAAUUUCCAAGGGGUGGCCAUAAAAAUGGAACAAAAUUUACUGAUUAGUACUGGUUUUAAAGACUUCUUAAUCAAUGAAGUUUGAAGAGUUAUUGCUGUGUAUGUGUGAGGAUUGAGAAAAUGGCUGUGUAUUCGUAAUGACUUGGGCUGGUGUAAUAAAUAUUUACCUUAAGCAUCAGGUGAAUGUAGUGUUUGCCGUAUUUGUUUGGCAGUGGUGAGUAGGUGAAGGAAUUUGGUAUUGAGUGAAGUUUAAAGGCUUUUUAGAAGUGGUGUUAAUGACUUUGUAGUGUUUUUAGUCCCCAAAGAUGGCCCUAACUUUAAGUUUAAAGACUUCUUAGUAGUGUUUUUGAAGUUUUCUUAGUAAGUAAAUGAUUUGGUUUUUAAAGUGCUUAAUAUGCUAUAAGUUCUUACAAACUUGAUAUGGAAGGGCUUUUUGUGAAUCAAUUGGUUAUUACUGCUUAAUUGAGAAUAACUUUUUUGUGGUAUGAAUUCAUUUCUGAGUUAGUAGUAUGUGUGUUUAUUAUACAUAUUGAGUGGGAGUGUAGUCCAAGGAAUGUUUCUUAUUUCACGAUAAGUUGACGGUAUCUGAUUUUUUGUUGGAUAAUUUGCGAUAGGUGUACAAAAGGUUAUGUGAUGAAGAGACUUUUGUUGGCAAAACAGGGCUGAAGGUCACAUGCUUUUGUAAUGUGUGUGGGUGUAAAAAGUGUUGAAGAAGUGGUCAGUGCUUCAGAGUUGGCUGAAUUGAAGGAAUCUGCAUUUGGUGUUUUCUUCACGCUUGGGGAAAUAAAGUGGGUUAAUGGUCAAUUGUUGAUAUUAUUCGCUUUAAAUUAUGUGGAACCCAUUAAGAGGAGUGGAGAGGUAGAUAGGCUAAAGUUUCACAUUGGAAAUAGGAUAGUGGAGUUUAAGAAAACAGAUUUCCCAUUGAUUACUGGGAUGAAGUUUGGAAAAGAAGCUAAGUAUGAAGAUAUUGACCAGGAAAAUCUGAACGACAUCAACACAAGGUAUUUCAGAGGCAAAAUGAGUGUGAGCCGUUUAGAAGUUGAGAAUGUGUUCAAUGGUAUCAAGAAUAAUAAAGAUAGGGGACGGUUGGAUGCUGUAAAAUUAGCUUUACUAAUCCUCGUAGUAAACCAAGUGGUGGGUAACCACCAAGGUUUGACAAAGAUUCCAGCGCUGUACAUGCAUGUUGUUGACAACCUGGAACGAUUCAAUGAAUUUCAAUGGGGAGAGCAUCUGUGGAAAAACCUGGUGGAAAGCAUACGCAAAUGUUUGGCAAUUCUCAAUUCGGGGGAACAUUGCCGUUUUACGUUUCCGAGCUUCUUAUUUCCACUACAGAUUUGGGCAUUUGAGACCUUCCCUUAUUUGAGUGGAAAUGGAAUAUUUGUUGUGGGAGAGAACUGGAGCACUUUGUGGCCAAGAGCAUUACGCUGAAAGACAAGGGUGCACCCGAGGCAUGAUCUGUUGGAGGAUUAAAUUUUCGGCACAGAAGAGGUAAAACUACUGCAUUUCAAAUCAGAUAUGUUAAUGCUUUACUUUAAUUUGAAAGUAUCUGGAAUUAUUUUAUUCACUGCAUAAAAGUGUUCAAUGGAAAGAGAUGGUUGCAACGACAUCGGAGAAAGUCAUAGGAAACAUUGCAACCUUAUUCACUGUGGGAGAUGCAAGGAAAGGUAAAAGUAACGAUGGUAGUGGAGAGCGCGUUGAUGAAGGGUAUGGGGCUGGUCGAAGAAAACUGAAAGGAAUGCUACACUAGGGAUGUGUGAGCUCGACGAAUCAGGAUGAGGAUAAUGUACAACAAAAGGAGAAACGAAAAUUUGCGAUUCGGAGGAAGGCAAAGGGGAAGAAGAUAGAGAAGAAGACAAUUAAGGCACGUAGCGGUAGUUCAAGAGGGACAUCAAAUGAUGGGCAAAAUGUUUUAGGAGAAGCUCGUGAGAAUGAACCUUCAUUGCGAGAUAUACUGACUGCAAUAGUGCUUAUGGAAAAGAAAAACAACAAGAUGUGCAUGGAAGUGACUAAGCUGAGAAUAGCAUUAAAAGCCCAUACCCGUCAUCUGAAUAGCUAUACAUCGAGGAACAGAAUGGGUAAGCGAUGGGAUAAGAAUAAAAAACGUACAACAAAAGAUAACAGUAUGCCAUGCUUUGAUUUGAGAUUUGAGAGUGAGGAGAAGAAAGAUGCAACAGAAAAUGACGUGGACGAUAGUGUUUGGGACGAGGAUAUCAUUAGGGAUGCUGAGAUAGGGACCCAACAGGGUGCGUGUGGUAAUGAUCUUCACGAUCCGCUGACUGAAAUCAGUACACAAGAAGUAGAGGGCUGAUGGUUCAAGGAAGUAGAUGGAUUGGGGCUGAGGAUACAUGCUGAGAAGGAUGUUGACAAGGAUAAGUGCGAAAAGGGGCCGAAGAAUAUGGUAAAAGAUGAUUUGCAGCCGGAUGAUGGGGGCAAGGACAUGGGUGUUGAGGAUGUUCUGCCUACAAGCGUGGACGAAACUAAAGCAGCAUCACCAGUGAAUGGAGAAAUGUCUGCUAGUGGUAUGAAUAGUCAGGGAAAUGAAAUUGAAGAAGAGGUUGCAGGGUUCACCGACAACUUCGAGACAACGUCGCAACUUAUACAGGCAUUGCAUGAUUUACCACCGGAUGCCAUUUUCUCCCCAGUCGAGGAGACCCUGGUUGAGAAUGAAAAGAAUACAAAGGAUGAGGUGAGUCUGGUAUUAUUUUUUGGACCUACUUUUGGUGAGGAGUUAUGUUUUUUUCCCUGUCGAAGGGACCCGGAGUGAGAAUGAAAAAAGAUUACAAACGGUGAACUGGGUGCAGUGCUGUCCCCGCUGCUCUUGCCUAGAAAAGGCAUAUUGUGUUAAUGACCUUGUAACUCGCAGUAGCAGUGUUGUUGUAAUAAUAAUGACCUCACAAAGAUCCUAGGAUAAUGAAGGAAAUUUUAAGUA